GGCCUGUAACUUGCCUUAUCCCGAUCAGGGAAGCUUCCAACAACUACCUUUACGAAAUGUCAUCUUCAUCUCUUGUUUCAACGUAGCCUUUUUUUCAUCUCAUCAUCUUAUCCUUGGAGAAGUUAUCUCUAUGAUAAUAAAAACCAAAGCCUCAUAAACGCCACCCUUUUGAACUCGUAAGAUUCUUUAAGAUCAUGGCCGAGCCAGCCCAAGCUCCAAGCUCCGAGGCUCCCCAGCCGGAGGCCCCCAAAGCUGAAGAAGUCCCUAAACCCGAUGAGCCGACCACCCCUAUCCAGGAACUUUGGGCUGCUGCGAAAGCCCAGUCCCACCCGGAGAUUUGGGGCGUUACUCUAGCUGAUCCAGCUACCCACGUUCCCAGUCAAAUUGUGCUACAGAAGUACCUCAACGCUAAGGACGGCGACAUUGUUAAGGCAAAGGAACAGCUUAUUCAGACCCUAGAGUGGCGCGCUAAGAUACAGCCUUUGGAACUUAUCAAGAAGAGCUUCUCCAAGACCAAAUUUGAAGGCUUAGGUUACGUAACGCAGUACUACGCUUCCGAUGAGAAGGCCACUGAGGAGAACCCCGAGGCUAAGGAAGUCUUCACCUGGAACAUCUACGGUGGUGUUAAGUCCAUCGACGACACCUUCGGUAACCUUGAAGAGUUCAUCAACUGGCGUGUAGCUCUCAUGGAGCUCGCCGUGCAAGAGCUUUCUCUACCUACAGCCACGAAGCCGAUCACCGCGGAUUGGGACCCUUACAAGAUUUUCCAGGUGCACGACUAUAAGUCGCUCAGCUUCCUACGUCAAUCACCCCAAGUCAAGGCCGCCAGCACCGAGACCAUCCGAGUCUUCGCUACCGCGUACCCUGAACUUCUUAAGGAGAAGUUCUUUGUCAACGUUCCCGUCAUCAUGGGUUUCAUGUAUGGUGUCAUGAAGCUCUUCGUCGCACCCAAGACUAUCAAGAAGUUCCACCCCAUGUCCAACGGCGGGGCCUUGGCCAAGGAGUUCGGCGAGAGCAAAGUUUCCGGCUUGGGUGAGAAGCUACCGACUGAGUAUGGCGGCAAGGGUGCAGAUCUGAAGGCUCAAGGAAAGGGGCCGGCCGUAGAGUAAGCUUGAACAGAUGAUGCACUGAUUUGCUGAUUUGGUUAAUUGCUAGUAAUGGAGGAAGAUGGUGAUGA